CCUUAAAGAAGAAGGAAUCCUACUCCAAUAACGAGUUGCAAAUUCUCUUUGAGUUCUAUUCAAACUAGGAGAUAGCAAUUUUGUUUAUUCCUUCCUAAGUUAGGAAUCCUACUACAUUAAGGAAUAGUCAAGUCAAUUCCUACUAGGAAGUGCUUGAACUGAUCUGUUCGUUUUAAUUUAUUUGGGUUGGUUCUUUUAUUGCUUUUCUUGGUCGUUCCUUUGUGUCUUUCUGUUUCCUUUAACUCUUGCAGAUUUGUUGGAGUUUCAAUCAUGUCAAGCAGUGAUGACAAAUCAACCACUAGAAGCCACCAUGUGGAUGAAUCCUUCAUGCUCAAAGCAAUGCAACAACAAUUUCAGAGGCUAGACAUCAUGUUUGGUGAGAUUAAAAACAAAAUAGAGAAGCAAGAUGUAACAAUAGCCAAAUGCAUCAACAAUGACGCCCAGAACUCAAAUUUCAGCAUGGACAGAAUUAUGAGAGGUAGAGGGGGCCAAAGAGAGCAAAAUCUGAUGAGGUGGGGAGAUCAGCAAGAUUGUGACUUAGGUAGCAUCAAGAUGAAAAUUCCUCCGUUUCAAGGCAAAAAAGAUCCAAAUGUGUAUUUGGAGUGGGAAAGGCAAGUAGAAUUGGUGUUUGAUUCCCACAACUAUUCUGAGGAGAAAAAGUUGAAACUAGCAGCAGUGGAAUUUACUGAUUACGCUGUGCAUUAUGUGGAAUUAGAAGAUAUGGUGCAUAUGGCGAUGAAAGUAGAACGACAACUCAAGCAUAAAGGAGCCACCAACAGAACUGGGCAAAAUUCAGGUUUCUCAUCUUCUUGGAAACUGAAUUGGAGCAAAAAGGAAGAAAAUUUUGCUUUUAAGCCUAAAACUUCAGCAUCUAAGUCAAAAGAAGUUGGCAGCAAUGAGAAGAGUAAAACAGAUAACACGCAAGGCAGAAACAGAGACAUCAAGUGUUUUCGAUGCUUGGGAAGGGGGCAUGUUGCAUCGCAAUGUCCUAAUAAGCACAUGAUGAUCUUGAGAGAAGAUGGAGAAAUUGAAACCAAGGGUGAAUCUAAUGAUGAAUCUAUGCCACCAUUACAGGAUGCUAAUGAUGGUGUGGAAUAUGCCAUUGAUGGAGAACUACUUGUCGCCAGCAACCCCAAUGAGACGAAAGAACUUCAAAAGCAGGUUGAAGAACUCAUGAAGAAGGGACAUGUGAGAGAAAGCAUGAGUCCAGGUUCACUUCCAGUGCUACUUGUGCUUAAGAAGGAUGGCACUUGGCAUAUGUGCGUUGAUUGUCGCGCUGUCAACAAAAUCACUAUUGUCUUUUUAGGGUAUGUUGUUUCAACUGAUGGAAUUGCAAUAGACAAAGAAAAGAUUAAGGCUAUUAAAGACUGGCCAACACCUACGAAUAUUUUUGAGGUGUGGAGUUUUCAUGGUUUGGCAAGUUUCUAUCGGAGAUUCAUCAAGGACUUCAGCACAAUUGCAGCUCCAUUGACUGAAAUCGUGAAAAAAGGUGUCGGAUUUAAGUGGGAAAGUGAACAGGAGAAUGCUUUCAAUUUGAUUAAGGAGAAUUUAAUUUCUACACCAUUACUUGCUUUACCUAAUUUUACUAAAACUUUUGAAAUUGAAUGUGAUGCAUCAGGUAUUGGCAUUGGCACUGUUUUGAUGCAAGAUGAUGAGAACCCCAAAGAGAACAAUGAGACCCACAGCACAACAAGGGAUUUCUAAACUCCAAGAAAGCUAAAUCAGGUUUAUAAUAGGACCUUGACCCAUUGUUUAUGUCGCAACAAGAACCAAAGGUAAAAACCUUGACCCGUUGUCUAUGACGCAACAAGAACCAAAGGUAAAAACCUUGACCCGUUGUCUAUGACGCAACAAGAACCAGAGGUAUAAAGUUGGUUGACGCCA